AUGAUCGUUUUUAUGAUUAUUGCUUUUAUAAUGUAAGUAUUAUGAUGAUUUUAGAUGUUUUACUGAAGCUGCUCCUUGUUUUAAUUUUGAUACUGUCUCAUCUCCUGUUAAUAGAUUAUUAAAUGAUAUGAUAAUUAAGGAUUAUACAGGGAAGAAUAUAAUAGGUUAUGGAAUGUGGCAUAGAUGGAUGCCAAUGUUAAAUACAACAGAACUUAAAAAAACAUCAGUGCCAAAUUUAUAGUUUAUAUAUGAAUUCGAUACAUUAAGAACCACAAUAUAUACCAAAAUUUACCUAAUAAAUUAAGUUGACUCAUAAGAAUUUUAUGUAGUUUUAGAAUAAUUUGGUGAUUAUGCUUUCAAAAAUCAAUUUAGUUUGGAUAAAGUUAUGAUAGAAGGAAAAUGGGCUUAUUUAUAUUUUUGUGAAAAAAUAGAUACAGGAGAUUUUCGAUUUUAUUAUAAAUUAUUAGUAGAUAGUAAUUAUGAUUAAACAUAUGUUGUUUCUGGUAUUGAAAAAGAUAAGAAAAAUCGAAGAAAAUCAGGUUUUUCAGCUGGAUAUUAAGAUAUAAUUCCAGAUUCAGCAGCAUCAUACAUUUAUUUUGGAUACAAAAGUGAAAUUCUUUUUAAAGAUGAAUAUUAUGAAAGUAUGGCAGAUUUUAAUACAGCUUUAAGUGUAGCAUGUACUUUUCCUGAUAUGUGUUCAGAUGGUAAGUAAAUUGAUUUUAUGGUUGAUUCUAUUCAUAAUUUCAAUAAAUUAGGUGCUAAACUAUAAAAUUUAUUUUAUGCUGAAGGAAAUUAUGCUGUUUCUUCAUGGAUUAAAUUGGAUUAAGUUAACUUAGUAAAUAAAACAUCUAAAUAUACUGCAAUACGUAUGGCAUUAUUUGAUUUUUAUGCAGAUGAUUAUUUAUAAGGUGAUAGAUAAAUGUGGUUGAGUUAUUAAUAAGAUUAUUAGUAUCCAGAAAAUACAAAUAUAUCAGUACAUACUUUCUCAUUUACUUAUUCUUAAUUAUCUUUCUAUAAAACAAAGGAAGAUGAUAAAUGGAGUGUUUAGGGUUUAGAAUAUGAAGAUUAAAUCACUUAAUGGCAUUACUUUUCAUUUCAACAUGGAACUUAUAUUGAGGCUCAAACUGGAUAUGGAAAUACUAAAAUUUAUUUUAAAUUCAAAGACUUUGAGAUAUUAGAAUAUUUUGUAGAGAAAAAAAAUCAUUUCACAACAUAAAAACUAGUUUUAAUAGCAGGAAGAGAUAAAUAUUCUGAAGCCUUAUUGUAAGGAUAAAUGGCAUUUUUAAAACUUGAAUAUUGUUUUGGCAAUACUUUUACAAUGGUUAAAGGUAAUAAUAAUAAUUCAUAUCAUAUUUAGAUUGCAAUAUUCUUUGUAAAGAAUGUGUAGGUCCAGAAUCUAAUUAAUGUACAUCUUGUUAAGACUCUUAAUUUAGAAUUCUUAUUAAUAGUUAAUGUUAAUGUGAUAGAAAUUAUGUUGAAAAUAUUGAUAUCACUUUAGUUACAUGUUAAAGUAAACGUUUAUAUAAAUUCAAUAGGUUUUAUAGAAAGAUUAGGUUCUAAUAUAUUCUCAGAAGCUGUCUCAAACAAUUAAUGUUCUCUUGGAUAAUUUUUAGUAAAUGAAGACAAUAAUUAAUACUGUCUAAAUUGUCCCUCUAUUAUUAGUAAUUCAUAAAUUCAGUGUGGAGAUUGUUAUGUUAAUAAUUAAAUUUGGUAUUAAAAUCCUGUUUGCACAUUUGAUUAUCAAGCUUAUAAUUAAAUUCCAAACAAUGCUUUUAAAUUAAUAGAAAGAAUGGAAAGUGCUUAUUAACUUUUUACAAUAUCAAAAGAAUAAAUUCUAGAGUUAUGUAACGAAUGUUUGAAAAUUGUAACAGAAAUAUCAUAAAUUGAUUAAAGCAAAUUAAUAACUCAAUUUCAUUUAGGAGUUAGAUCAUAUAUUUAAUGUAAAAGUUGUAGUAAGGCUGAUAAUAAUUAAUGUAUAAAUUAAAAUGAAAAUUGCAAUAUCUGCGAUUCUUAAUAUGUAUGUAAAAAUUGUUAAGAUGGAUUUGUUUUGGUAAAUCAUCAAUUUUGUAAAUAAUGUCCUGAUAUUUGUCCAUAAUGUACAUUUAAUGGAGAUAUUCCAUAAUGUAUUAGUUGUCCAAUUGGAUUUUAUUUAUCAGAAGGAAAUUGUAUUUAAUGUGGUUGGAGUUGUUAAAUAUGUGAUUAAUAAAGAUGUUUUAAAUGUGUAGAUUAUAAAUAGUAUUACUUAUCAUUAGAUGGUAAGAAUUGUUAUGAAAAUAAAAUAAAUCAUUGUUAGAUUGCUUAUGAAGAAAGUAUUUCUAAUUCAUCUGCUAUUUCAUUACUUAAAGAUUAUCCAAUAAUAUAAAAGAAAGAAGAUGUUGUUGUUAAAUGUGCUUUAUGUGAUACAUAAACAAUCAAUAAAUAGACUUCCUGUGUAAUUGAUUUAAAUUUACCAUCAAAUUCAAGAUAUAUAGAAUUCAAUAGUCAAAAUAUACUAUUAAGUGAAAUAAAAAUUCCAUAAGGAUCCUAUGAAUUAACUAAUUCUACAAAUACUACUGCUGAAUGUGAUGUUGAUCGAAAUUGCAAGACAUGUUAAUUAGAAGAUAGAUUUUAUUAAGAUUCUUGGAAAAUUGAUAUUAAAUCAUUUUAUAAUAUAUUAUAUGGUGGAGACUUUGUAGAUAUAGUCUUAAAAACAGGAGAUGGUGAUAUAAAAUGUUCUACUUGUUUAAAAGGAUUUGAAUAUUAUUAAGGUAAAUGUAUAAAAUCUUGUGAUUCCAAUUGCAAAGUAUGUGAAAUCAUAAAUGAAUAAGCUACUUGUGUUUAAUGUACAGAUAAUACAAAUGGUUAAAAAUUAAGUUUAAGUAAUGGGGAAUGUAUUGAAUGUCCAUAUAAUUGUGCAUUAUGUAAAAAAAGAGAUAAGUAAUCAUUAUAAGCAGUUAAUCCUUAUUUUGAUCCAUCAAACAUUGAUUUCAUUACAUUUAGUCAUAUUUGUAUUAAAAGUUAUACUAUACCAACUGUAAAUUUAAAUUAUGAUUUUGGAUUGAAUAAUUUUAUAGAAUGUUCAAAUUCUUCACCAUGUAAAUAAAAAGCAUUGAUUGACUUUAAAUUGUAUUGCAAUAAAAAGAUCUCUACUAUUUUAAAUGGUUAUGAUUAAGAUUUAACUUAAUUUAAAUUACCAAUUUAUGAAUCGGAUACUCAUACAUUAGUAUUCAACUAAAAAGUUGUUAAAGAAAUGACAAUUAAAAUGAGAUUAUACAAUGAUGAUCCUAAUUUAUAAUGCUAAAUGCCUGAUAAUUUUUAAAUUGUGUCUUAAUUAAGAAAGAAUGUAUUUACAUUAUAAAACAUAAAUCUUGAAUUCUAUGGCACUACUAAUGUGAUUUUUAAUCAAGACUUCAUUAUUACAGGAUUUAAUUAAAUCUUAAUGAAAGAUUUCACUUUGUCAAGUUCAAUGAAGAAUCAAAAUCUUUACUUUUAUGAUUCAGUAUAAUUUGAUUUGAUAUUAAAUAGUAUCACCAUGAAUGUUGUUGAUAUAUCCUUUUCAAUUGUAAUUGAAAAUGCAACAUCUGUUAAUGUUGAUUAAUUUAUUAUUCAAGAUAGUUCAAUAAUCAAUUCAAAUGGAAUCAUUUAAUGUUUUGGAAAUCUUAAUAAAGAUGAUGUCACUUUAUAAUUCAAGAAUAUUUAAAUAAAAAAUAGUAAAUUUACUAAUUCAAAGAUCUUUUUAUUUAAAUUAUCUGAAAAUUACAACAAUUAAAAAAUCCUAUUUUAAUCUAUUACUUUUACAACUAAUAAAUUUUUAACAGGAUCUUAUGCUUUUCGUACAGAUUUCCCUCUAAAUAUAAGAAAGGCAAUAGUUGAUAUUAAUUAAUUUACACAAUCACAAGAUGAAGUUAUAGAAUCAACUUUUGCUAGUUUUGAGGGAGUAAAAAAAGUUAAUAUUAAUUAAAUGAUUUUAGACCAUUCAAAAUUGAGUUCAAAAAGUAGAUGGUUAAUUUUACCAUUAUUUUAGAUUACAAAUUUAGAAGUGAAAAAUAAUAUUUUAAGUACAGAUGAUAUUAUAUUAAUUUCAAAUAAAGCAUCAGUUCAAUAUUCUGAUGCAAAUGAUGGAAAUGCUAUCAAUAUGUAAUAAAUAAAAUUUGAAUUCAAUUAAUAUUUAGGUAAUAAAGCAUUUAUGGAAAUUUAUUAGACAACAUUUAUUGGAUUAGCAAUUACAAUAAAUGAUUUAGUAAUAAAUUAAAAUGAAUUAUACAGUCUGAAUAAAUUACAAUAAAAAUACAUAGCAUCAGAAAAUUCUACAAUAUAUUUUGACAGUUAUGAAUUAAUCCUUACAAAUACAAAGAUUGUUAGAGGAAAGACUUUCCCAGAAAUGGCAAUACUAAAUAGUAAUAAAGUUAAGAUAGAGAAUUUGGAUGUCACAAGAAAUUCUGAAGUUUUAAGAUUACUUAAUAAUCGAUUAUCUUGUGUUUCAGCAAAUGCUAUACCUUAAAUAUAUACAACAAUAUUGUACAUGUAUAAUAUUAAAGAAAUUGAUAUGAAUUACAUUUCAUUAUAGAAGAUUAAAAGUAUCAAUUAACCUUUGAUAUCAAUAAAAUCUUCAGAUAGAUUAAAAAUUCGAUAAAGUGAAUCAAUAAGAAUAAGAAAUAGUAUGUUUAGUGAGAAUUUAUUGAUUUUAAGUAAAAUUAGUGAAUUAUAAGCAAUAAUAUCAAUAAUAUCAGAAUAGAAUCAGAAUGUAUUGAUUGAAGAUUCAAAAUUUUUGUAUAAUUUUUAACAUAGUUACAUAUCAGAUUUAUCUUUUGUAUCAUCAUCAACAUUAUUAUUUUCUAGUCCUAAUUCAAGUAUUAUAUUGAAUAGAAAUAAUUUUGAAAAGAAUAUAGCAACAAAUGGAUAAAAUUCAAAUUUGGUAUUGAAAUGUAAUAGUAUAACAAUAAGUACUUGUAGUUUUCUAUAUUCAAAUUAAUUAUAAUUUAAUGUAAUAUAAGAAAAUAUAGUGUGGGGACUUGAGAGUUUCGCAAUACCAAAAUAAGAAGAAUUUUAUUAAGCGUUUCCAAUAAAGACAUUUGGAGGUAGUGGAUAUUUAUCAGCAAAUUCAACAAUAAUUAGAGAUGUGAAUAUAAUAGGUUCAAUAUCAUUAUUAGGUGGAGCAUUAUAUAUAUAGCCUUAAUCUGAUGGAGUGGUGUAAUUUUAAGAUAUUUUAUUUAAGGAAUGUAAAGCAUCAUUGGAAUAAGUAUCAAAUGCUUAAGGAGGAUCAAUCUUUAUAGAUGCAGCUUCAUCUUAAAUUAAAAUGAGUAUUAUAAAUUGUACAUUCUUGAACAGUUAUAGUAGAAGAGAAGGUGGUGUAAUUUAUGUGAUUCCAUCUAGUAGUGAGAAUAGGAUGUUUCUUAAAGAUGUAUUAAUUAAGGAUUCUUAUUCUAUAUAUUAUUCAUUUAUUAAAACAUUUGGAUCAAAUCAAUUAAAUUUAGAAGCUUAAAAUUUAACAUUAUAAAAUUCAUUUUAUGGAUUUCAAUAAUAUUUAGGAUAACUUUAUCAAUUAUCUUAAUCAGAAAUAAGUGAUUAUCAUUUGAAUUUCAUAUUCUCUAUUAAAGGAAAAGUAACUCUAUAAAAUUGUACUUUCACAGAUUAUAUGAAUGGUUUAAUGGAAUUAUCUAAUGGUGAAUUAACUUUAAAAAAUGUUAUUGUUAAUGAUUACAUUACAGGUAGUUAAUCACUUAUUUCAUUAACUGCUGUUUCAGUCAUCAUUUUUUAAAAUGUAUAUUUCUUAAAUAUUUCUGUAUUCAGUUAUAUUUAAAAUAAUGUUCCUGAAUGUGAAGUAUCUUAUGUUGCCUUACCUUUAACAUGUGAUUACUCUUAAAAUGCACCUACCUUUAUUGGUAUUGAUAUGAAUCAAACUAUAAUUGAUUAUUAUUCAAAUUAAAAUCUUAAAAAUGUAUAAUUAGCGUAAGCAAAUCCAUAAUCUUUAAUUUCAAUCAUUAACAUUGAUUAAGAUUACUUUAUUACAUUUUAAGAUACUAAAUUUUAAUCAAUCAUAUGUUAAAAAUGCACAUAAGGAUUAAUCUAAUUUGAAUUUACAGAUUUCUUUAAUCUUGGGAAUAAUAUUGUUACUCUAUAAAACUUUUAACUUUAUUCAUCAUUGUGUGGUUAAUUGAGCUGCAUUGUUUUCAAAUAAUAAUAUAAUCAAAAUAGUUUGAGAUUAUUAGUUGAUGAUACUGCUAAAAACUCUCUUAUUUAUACAGUUACUGUACGUUAAGGAAUUUUUAUUAACAAUGUUGGUACUAAAGGUGGAGUCUUUUAUGUUAAUGAUAUUAAUGUACUAUUAGACAAUUGUAAAUUUUAAUCUAAUUCUGCUAUUGAAUCAGGUGGAGCUAUCUAUUUCAUUUCUAAAUAGGCUACAAUGAAUAUUUAUGAUUCAGAUAUCAGUGGAAAUUAAGCUAAAAUUGGAGGUGCUUUCUUUUUAUAGAAUUAUACUUUAAAUUCACCAAGUAUUUUGAAUCUACAAUUAAGAAAUAAUACAGCACUUUUAUUUGGAUAAAAUUAUGCUGAAUAUCCCAAUUAAUUGACUUUAUCUGUUAAUAGUGGAUAAAAUUAUCUAGAAAAAGAAAGAUUAUUUAGUAAUUAAACAACAAUUAUUGAUGUUAUAACUAUAAAACCAUAUAAUAUAUCUAAUAAAAUGAAAAACUAUAUCACAUUACCAAGUGGAUAAGCUAUUAAUUCAUAUAAAUAUUUUGAUGAAGAAUCAUAAUAAUACUUAUCUUCAAAUUUGACAUUCAGAAUUAUUGCACUUAAUAAAUAAAAUAAUAAAAUAGAAAAUUUAGAAGGUAGUAAAUGUUUAAUUUAUUCAAGAAAAAUAAAUAUAAACAAUUUAACUGAAAUAGAUCCAAAAAAUAUGGAAAACCUCUCUAGUACAUAAAACUCUCCAUAUACAAGUUUAUAAGAGAUAAAUUUCAAUUCUACUUCAUAAGAUUAUAAUUUGGAUGAAAUGAUUAUUUAUUUUGAUCCAAAAUCAAAUUCAUAGGCUGUAUUGUAAAUAGAAUUAUUAUGUAAUUCAAUAAGAAUACCAAUAUUUGAUUUUGAACCUCCAUAUUUAUUAAAAUAUCAAAUCGAAAACUAUAGAUUACGAGUGAAUGUAUAAUCUUUUGAUUGUUAAGUUGGAGAACAAAAGAGAGAUGAAGAUGGAACUUGUCUUGUAUGUGAUUCUUAAUAAGAUUAAUAUUCAGUUUAAGCAGGAGAAACUUGCUAAGUUAAAGAUAUAGUAUCAACAGAAGCUGUUACCUCUGCUAGUAUUAAAUUAAGACCAGGAUAUUGGAGACCCUAUACUUAUAGUACAAAGAUUGAAUAUUGUUUAAAUAUGCAAAUUAAUUGUGAAGGAGGAUGGACUCCUGGAGAUGCUUCAUGUUAUUUAGGCCAUAUAGGAGCUUUAUGUGAAUAAUGCGAUAUCUAUGAAAUUAUGGGAAAAGGAAAAUGGUCAGUUAGUGCAUAAUAUAAAUGUGGUAGUUGUAAUGAUGUAGGAGAUAAUACACUCAAAGUAGUUCUUAUUAGUUUAUGGUAAUUAUAAUAACAAUAAUACUUAGGACUUUAAUCUCUAUUAUGCUUUCAGUUAAAAGUACCAUGGAAACUGUUUAAAAUAUGGUAUUAGGUAAAAAAUUAUCUAAGUUUUUUGUUGAAUAACCUAAAACUGGUUAUGCAGGUAUUCUAAUCAAAGUGCUUACUAAUUAUUUAUAAAUUAUAGGGGUUGUUUCCACAUUCUAAUUAUCAUUACCAAGUGCACUUACUAAUGCAUUUAAGACAGUUGGAUCACCUGUUGAAUCUAUGAGUUAUUCCUUAGAUUGUUUUUUAAUCAAAAUUUCAGAUAUCAAUGUAAUGUAUUUCAGAAUGAUUUGGGCAUUAAUUAUGCCUAUGAUGUACAUUAUAACAUUUUUUUUAUUGUAUGGAAUUGCUGUUAUUCUUCAUAAAGCAACUGCCAGUAAAAGUGCAAUAUCUACUACUUUUAUAUAUUUAUUUACCUUUUUAUAACCUACUUUACUUGGAGGCUUUAUUUCAUUAUUAUCAUUUAGAUAAAUAUCAAAUAUCUAUUGGGUUCAAGGCAAUGUUGCUUAUAGAUACGAUACUGCCUAGCAUUUAAAAUGGAUUCUAUCAUUUGUAUUUCCCUCUGCAUUUACUCUUGCAUUAAUCAUACCAACCUACAUGUUUUUGAGUAUGUACAAGAUAAAAGAUAAACUGAAUGAUGAAUAAAGCAGAAAAAAUUGGGGUUAUUUGUAUAAUGAAUAUUAGCCAAAAGCUUACUUUUGGGAAAUAGUCAAGAUAUUUUAAAAGAGUUUUAUCAUUUUAUUUUUAACUUUCUACGAGGAUCUAAUUAUUAUUAAAGCUGCCUUGAUUUUCAUCAUAGUAUUCAUAUAUUCUAUGUUAACCAAAAAAUAUAAACCAUACAAAUUACCUUAUUUAAAUUAUUUAGAUGAUAUGAGUACAUUAGUUUGUGGAACAUCAAUUGUGUUAGGAAUGACUUUAUAUUCAGCUAAUUAGUCUGACAAUUAAGAGAUAAUUUGGCCAUUCUACAUAUUUUUAAUAGUAAUAAAUGGAGUUUUUAUAACAGCUGUGGUAUGGGAAAUUUUAUGGGCUUAAUUGGAAGGUCAAGAAGAAGCACUUGAUAAAAUUAGAAAUAAGAUCAAUGCUAAAUUUCCAGAUUUAUAGAAUAAGAAUUGGCUAAUGAGAAAAUUAUUAAUUAAUAGAGCCUAACAACGUGAUAGAAUAAAAAGAAGAUUUAAAAUGAUAAGAGAGUAUUUAAUGGGAAUAGUGAAAGAUUAAAAUAGAAAGAGAGAUCAUUUGUAUUAGAUGCAUCCAUUAGAAAUGACAGCUAAGUAAGAAAAUUUAGAUUUAUUUCAAUAGAGAAAAGGAUGAUAAUGAAUCAUUAUCUCCUGACAUCAAUCCAACAAUUCUUUCUGUUCCUCGUUUUUAUAAUAAGAUCUAUCCAGAGGUAUUUGUUGAUAGAUAUGGAUUUGACAACUAGUCUUAGGCUGAUUUAAGUAGAGUAGAAUGA